UUAAUUCUAUUCCACUGUGAUCUUGUUGUCUUUGAUAGUGUGGUAAAAGCAGCAAACCUUUGCAAAAUAGGUGUAGUUUUCCCGUUUGCUGGAAAAGAGCUCGAAUAUGUGUGUGAGCUUGACAGCGAUACGAAGACAAAGCAGAAAAAGAGAGCAACAAUCCUUUCAUUGCUCAGGCUUAUGAGUUGUAGCAAGUAGUUUGGCAGGAAGUGUGCUUACGAUGAAUAUGGAAACUUGUAACACAGAUAUAAAUAGCCAUGGGGAUGAGGAUGCAGGGUGUGAUCUUCAUGAGACCCUUGAAAUCGAGAAAAGCAGUCCAGCAGGCACGAAAGAUAAUGAUAAGCUGUGUGAAUCAACAAGAAAACGUAAGGAGCAGAAUGAUGAACCAGAGGACCAGACACAGACCUCUUUGCCGAACUGUGACGAGGAUACAAAGGACAUCGCUCAUAGAGAAACUCCUGAUAUUAAUGAUGCACACGUUCCAGUGGAUCCAAGCAAUGGAGAAAAGGCAACUGAAUCAACCUCACCAGAUGCCAAGCUGGUCAAGAUUACUUGCAUGUCCACAGAGAUGUCAGGGACAAACCUCAAUUCCUCCAUAAAUACAAGUAACGUAGAUGAGGAGAUGAGACCAGAGAGUCCAGCAUGCAAAGAGUCUCUGCCUAGCGAGUCUCUGCCUAGCAACUCUCCUGCCUGCCCUGACUUGCAAGAACCCUGUUUGAGUGUUGACCCAAUGGUGGUGGAGCCCAAACCCUUAGACCCCGAUCCAGAAGCUGUAGACAACAUCAAAGACGAGCCUGAAGAGACACCCAUGGAGACAAAUGACACAGAGGGGCAAAACUCUGGUGCUGAUGCUUUUGUUCCUGAAAAUGUUGUUGAGGCUGAACCUGAGAGUGACCAGACACAGGUGUCUUCUUCAGAAAGUGAGCAAGUGUCAGCAGAGCAGAAAGAACAGGAAUGGCUUGGGACCCCAAUAAAGGAGCUCAGAAGAAUGCCUCAGUGUGGACCGUCCCUGCCACACCUCAGGGCAACAGACAAUCACAAAGUACUCAUCAGGACAGACCUGCUCAAAGAAGGUCAAGUCCCCCAUCCAUAUCCAAGCAAAUACAGAGAUUCCUGGGAUAGUAUGACCGUAAAGAUGCCUUGUUCAGAAAAUAACGUGUUUCCUGUGGAGAAUGAGCAUGGAAGUGUAGUGCAAAGUCGAUGGGAGUUGAUUCGUACAGCUUUGGAAGGAGAAUGCAAAAGUUCACUUGACAUUAGGGAUGCAAUAUUGAGUUACAACAGAAUACAUGCUAAAAGAUGGGACUUCACAGCUUUGAACUAUCUCUGCACUGAGGGUAUGGACAUUGAAGAAGUACAGCAUCUCUUUAAAGUCACAUUGCCAAAGAUGAUGAAACUGGUUUUGAAUACACCCAAGAUUUGCACCCAGCCAAUCCCGCUGCUUAAGACAACGAUGAAUCAGUCCUUGACCAUGUCACAGGAACAAAUUGCCUGCCUUCUUGCCAAUGCCUUCUUCUGUACAUUUCCCAGACGCAACUCGCGCAAGUCCGAGUAUGCCAACUACCCAGAGAUCAAUUUUUACAGACUGUUUGAAGGUUCUUCCUCACGCAAGAUUGAGAAACUCAAAACUCUGCUGUGCUAUUUCAGAAGAGUCACUGAAUCAAUGCCCACUGGCCUCAUCACUUUUACAAGACAGAGCUUGAGCGGUUUUCCAAAAUGGGAAAGUUCAAAGAAACAGCUCACCCGUCUUCAUAUCACCUGUAAGGGCACCAUAGAAGAUGAGGGCUACGGGAUGCUUCAGGUGGACUUUGCGAACAGGUUCGUGGGUGGAGGGGUGACAGGUAUGGGGUUGGUCCAGGAGGAGAUACGCUUCCUCAUCAACCCUGAGCUCAUGGUAUCACGCCUCUUCACAGAAGUUCUGGACUACAACGAGUGCCUCAUCAUCACAGGCACAGAGCAAUACAGCAAGUACUCUGGCUAUGCAGAGAGCUUCAGAUGGAAAGCCAAUCACAAAGAUGAGAUUCCCAGAGACGGGUGGCAGCGGAGGUGCACCGAAAUCGUGGCCAUGGAUGCACUGAAAUACAGGAAUUUCAUGGAACAGUUUCAGCCUGAGAAAAUGAUCCGAGAGCUAAACAAGGCAUAUUGCGGUUUCAUGCGACCUGCUGUGAACCCUGAGAACCUCUCUGCUGUUGCCACAGGAAACUGGGGAUGUGGUGCAUUUGGAGGCGACACGCGACUCAAAGCUCUGCUGCAGUUGAUGGCAGCUUCUGAGGCGGGGAGAGAUAUGGCCUACUUCACUUUUGGAGAUGAGGAACUCAUGAGGGACGUGAAUGACUUGUACAAAUUUCUUAAAGACAAGUGUGUCACUGUCGGCACUCUGUACUUCUACUUAAAGCAGUACUCUAAUGUGGUGUCAAAGCAUCUCCACAGGCCUAACAUCAGUCUCUAUGGGUACAUCUAUGAUAAGGUCAAUACAAAUAUGGACGCCGAGCCCAGCCCCAGCCCCAGCGACAGCAACUUAACCACUGCGCCUUCCCCCUGUCCUGCAGACUGCCAUUAAUGCUGGUCAACGGCUAACUCAACCUGUCCAAAUGCCUCAGUGCUUUCUUUUCCUUUAGAAAGACUUUUUGGGUGAUUGUCUUGAGAGCACAUUAUGCCUUUCUUUUCCUUUUUUUGUUCCAGUGAGUAAGUUUCAAGUCAUUAUGAAUAAGGGGACAGAAAGUAUAGCACUAGACUGGAAAUCCUUAUUUCUGGUGAACAUCAUCUAGGUUUGAUCCCAGGAUAGUUUUUUCUGGAAUGCCAGACAAGCUUCCCUGGGAUCAAAUUUACUGUAUGAUCUUAGUUAAGUUGGGUGACUGAGGUGUAGUCUUUUAAAUUUUCUUAUUCAGGAACUAACAGUGAUUCACAAUAGAGUGUGUAAACAUAAAUAACAAAAUAUGCAUGAGAACUUCUAAAUACACAGUAAAGUUCCCUUUGACACUUGAUUAUGAAAUGUAUUGCACAAGACUUAUCCUUUUUUUUUUUUUUUUUUUUAAGUUCCUCAAAUAUGAAAAGGUUUGAUCAUGAAAGAUGUGAAAAGGAAUAUUACCUGUUGGGAAAAAAACUAAUGGAACUGCUGCAAAUCAGAUUGUGGGAAAACGUAUAUAGUCUCUGCAUGACAUUUUUAGCGAUUUAUUACGCUCAAGGUUUUUACAGUUUCAUUUGAUUUGAUUAGAGGGUUGAUAUUUAAAGGUAGUGAAUAUUUUCAUAUGUUUUGCUCUUUAUUUUAUUAUGAUUUGAUAAUUAAAAUUGUUGAUUCAGAUA